AGCUCGCCAGGGAGGGGAGGCCGGGGCGGGGCUCGUUUUCCACCACCCCUCGGGGCAGCGUGGGAGGCGGGCUCUGCGCGGGCCGCGGCUUCUUUCUCGGCCGGCAGCCCCAUGGCCGCGGCCCCGCUGGGCGCCGGGAGCCUGCUGCAGUUCCUGAGGCUGGUGGGGCAGCUCCAGGGAGUACCGCGAACAGGCUGGGUGUACAGGAAUGUAGAGAAACCAGAGAGUGUAUCCGAUCACAUGUACAGGAUGGCAGUCAUGGCUCUGAUAACUGAAGAUAAACAGCUUAAUAAAGACAGAUGUGUACGACUAGCCCUGGUUCACGAUAUGGCGGAAUGCAUUGUUGGAGACAUAGCACCUGCAGAUAACAUCUCCAAAGCGGAGAAACAUCAGCGAGAGGAGGCAGCUAUGAAACAUUUGACCCAGCUACUGUCAGAGGACCUGAGAAAAGAAAUCUAUGAACUUUGGGAGGAAUAUGAACACCAGUCUACAGCAGAAGCCAGAUUUGUAAAAGAGCUGGAUCAGUGUGAGAUGAUACUUCAAGCAUCGGAAUAUGAAGAAUUGGGAAAAAUGCCUGGACGACUGCAAGACUUUUAUGAUUCAACUGCAGGAAAAUUUAAUCACCCAGAAGUAGUCCAGCUUGUGUCUUCCAUUAACACAGAGAGAAAUAGAAAAAUAGCUGCCACAACAAGUGAACCACACUCUUAAGGCAUUUCUUUAUAACUCAAAUAAAAUCACUAACUUUUCUCCUCCCAUCAAGUGCUGAGAAUCCAUGGAAAAAUAUAUCAGCGGUCCCUUAUCUAUGGGAUACUAGAGAUCAAACAGCGUACAUAGGGCUUUGUCUACCUGUAUACUAUUUAAUUUUCAUAGUCACUUGCCUGACCAAUUUUAGUUCAUUAU